AUGGCCACUCAAAAGAAGAUCAUCGUAGUCGUUGGUGCCACCGGAAACCAAGGCUCCUCAGUAGCCCACACAUUCCUCAAUCUCCCCUCAUGGCACGUCCGCUGCAUAACCCGCAACCCUUCAUCCCCCGCCUCGCAAGCACUCGCUGCUCUAGGAGCUGAACUCGUACAAGCCGAUCUUGAGGACCCCGGCUCCCUAUCCAAAGCCUUCUCCCACGCAAACGCCAUCUUCGUGAACACCGAUUUCUGGGCCGUGUAUGGAGCCACGAACAAGGAAUUCGCCGGGCAAGAAAACGCUUUGGACAGAGCCGGGGAAAUAGCAUUCGAGAAGGAAGUCUCGUGGGGGAAGAACGCCGCGCACGCAGCAGCUGCUGUGCCAUCGCUAGAGCGCUACGUUUAUUCCACUCUGCCCAGCAUCCGAAAGGGCAGCAAUGGGAAAUACGGUGCUCAUCACAACGAGACCAAACCAACCAUUGCCGAGUACAUUAUAAAAGAGGAACCCGAGUUGGCUAAAAAGGCGUCUUUCAUCUACCUGGGCGCUUACACCACAAAUCCAUUCAUCGCAGGUCCGCGAUUCGAUGCCGAGAGCGGGCAAUUCAAAUUCCUUGUGCCUUUUAGCAAAGAGGUCAAAGUACCAAUCAUCGAUCCCGUGAAUUCAACCGGCCCGUUUGUGCGUGCGUUGGUCGAGGACGAGGAUGUGGGUACGCACUUGUUGGCUUACGACAGCUACCUCACAGCUGAGGAAAUUGUAAAGCUGUGGUCGAAAACGAGUGGGCAGGAAGCAGAAUUCGUGCUAGUGACCACGACCUUUUUGCACGAGAAAUUUGGGCUUCCCAAGGAAGCGUUGGCUGCGCCGAAUGCGAUUAGCGAGUUUGGGUAUAUGAGUGGGAUUGAGAAGUUUAUUGAACCGCCCCAGUUGAAGAAGAAGGGACUUACUAAGUCCUAUGAAGAUUGGUUGAAGGAGAGAAAUUGGAAGGAGGUGCUGGAAUCCAUCAAGUCUUCCGCGAUUCCUUCUUUCAAAGCCAUGGAGUGA